CAUUAGCCGUGUCAUGUGCCUAAAAUAGGCCCGAAAGUAUCCAUCUGUGAGGUGGCUAUUUGUGAUGGCCCACAAGCCCCAGACAGCAGUUCUGUCGCAGCCAGCAACCAGAAGAUGUUUAACCAAUGCUGUACCAAGGACUUAGCUAUUGCCCUGGACAGCACACAUCCUCCUUGGGCCUGGGAUUCUUAAGUGUUCAACAGUGCCAGCAGGGACAUGGUAUCAUUUGUACUCUUCUUACAUGAACUGACAAGAUAGUGUCAGCCUUAAAGUUUUCUAUGCCUGUCGAAUUCCUAAAUUUUCUUUACCGUUGGACACUUGAUAUAUCAACAAGUGAAGCACCUGUAUAAGAUUUCAUCAAGUGUUUGUUAUUCCUAUAAACUGACGUUGGCUACAGUCUUCUUUAUGCAGAGAUUGGGGGAAUCAGUGUUAAGUAAGUUUGUAAUGCUCAUGGCAUCUGCUCUUCUCCUAGUUUUGUUGUAGUCUGGUUGCAGAGAAGUAAUAUUGAUCUAUGAGAGGUAGUCUACAACGGUGUUGUAGGCACCAUGUAUAUGACAUCUGUCAUAUAUUGCGCAGUAAGUUCGAGAUGACUGAAGCAACAAGGACUAAUGCCUGUUGAGGGGUGCUAUAUGGUGUCUGUGUGUGGCUUGUGAUCCUUACAGAUAAUAAUGUGUCUUCUUCAAUAUCUUCUAUAAAACAUCUGACUUCUGCGUAGACAGUGAUUAAUUUACAAUCGCACACAGUCCAUUUUGACUGCAAGCCUGUGCACUUUUUUGAGAAGCCAAGCAGUUGUGCUUCACUUGCCACAUCUUCUUGUAAGACAGCUCUAGUGGCUGAAUCGCUAGUGUCAGUUGUGACAGUCAGCUGUGCAUUGAGUAACUGAUGGGCCAAAGUGUUUGCUUUUGGGAGGAAAUCUUCAGCUAGUUUAAAUGCUUCUUGCAUUUUUCUUCCUCGUGUAUUCGGCAUGGUUAGAGAUCAGUGAGGGGUGGGGGUGUGUCUCUGUCACUGCCAUCUGUGACAGGAGACACUGAUAAACAUUUACGAUGCCUAGGAAGUGUCACGGGUCAUGGUAAAUCUGCAAAGGUGGUAAUUGCUUAAUGAGUGUGAACUGAGGUGGGUUUUGAUCGUUGUGACAUUUAGUAUGUGCAAGAGAAAGCUCACUUUGCCCUUCCACAGUUGUGAUGUAUCCUCAUAUAUGACCAUGCCCGCAUCUUAUAGGGCAGUGAGAAUUGGUUCCAUAUGCCAUUCAUGAUCAUGUGGGAUAGUGGAAAUACUAUUAAUCAUAAAGGUAAAUGUUAACAACAGUCAAAUUUGAAGAGAACUUCAUCAGUGAACUACUGCCAAGUUUGAGCAGCUUUCUUUAGUCUGUAAGUCAUGAAGAGGAAGCAAAAAGUCCAAAUGCUGUGAUUAUUGUGGACUUAGAGAUGUUUUCUGCACUAACAAGUAUCUUGAGAUAAGCUUUAUGCAAUCAAGAUGCUGGAAGUAGUGGUGCCUGGUAAUGUGUGUUUUAGAUUUUGAAUGUAUCAAAUUGGUUAACAGCUGGGUAUUGCUUGAGUGUUGGGAGCUCUGUAAUCAUGGCAGUGUCCCCCAGAACUGUCAAUUUUUGGUAUAGUUUCUAUUGUGGAAGCCCAUGAGCUGUACAAAGGCAGACUAUCCCUGAUGGUAAUAGUUCAUUGACCACCACCUUGCAGACCACAUUUGUGUCAAUGCCAGCCGAUGUGCUUUAUGGUGGAGCAGGAGUUUUGAGAAUUUGAUGCAGUGUAUCAUUUGGGAUGGUGCAUUGUUUAACUUUCAUUUGUGUCUGGUUGUCUGAGGGGAUGGUACACUCAUUUGAUAUGCUGAGAGACAAGACAGUGUGUGCCAUACUGACCUGUGUUUGAUGUGGUGUGCUUGCAGUCAUUGACUUACAUAGUGACACUGAGACAUGGUCAGUCAAAGUGAUGCAGCAGACACAUUGUGUGUGCAUGAGUAUAGUUCUGAGUUGUCAGUGUGGAGUGCGUCCAAUGCUUUGCCGAACACCAGAUAAAGCUGCUGUGUCAUCAUUAGGUACUCCGUCAUUGAAAGCUCUCCUUUAGUGUGUUACAAUGUGUGUCCUCAUCAUGCUAAUGCUCAGCAGGGCACUAGGUAGUUUCUGAUGGACGAGGAGGCAGCGAGGCAAACAACCAUGGGAUUAGUCAUCUGGUAUCAUGACGUAUUAUCAUUGCAUUUUUUAAAUCUGGCAAAGGUGUUAGUGCCAUAGGAAGUUGAUGCUUACUACUGGUUCACUCACUCGGUAAUGUAUGGGAUCCAUGGAAAUUGUUGAUCUGAACUUAGUUCCAAGGUACAGUUAGUGGUUCGGCGCAAGUUGAAAUGCAAGUAAUUUGUGGCAUGGAGUUAUAGGGAUUUUGUGCCUGAUAGUGUUGCAUUUGUGUUCUUCAGUUCUAAACUGAUGUCUGACCCCAAUACUGACGAGGAAAUAUUUACAUAUACUUUGAGCCAAAACAGUUUUCCAUUCAGUGGUUGGAGUGAUGCAUAGAAUGUUUGCUGCACACAUUGUGGACAUUGGUGGGUUGAUGUGUCGGCAUGGGGUUCUGUGCCUAUUGAGGCUCGUUGCAGUUUAGGUAGCUGCAGGGAGGCUGGUAGUUGUAUCGUGCUACCAAACAGGACACAAUAUCAACAUUUCGGGGACUUUGACGCAGUGGUGGCAAUUGGAACAUCGUUGCCAUCUGCAAGAGCACUGGUGUAUGUGCUGUGCAGGGUGGUGUCCUGACUGGGAGCAGUGAUGUCACUGUUGUGUGCUUUCGGAGUGGUUCAGCAUGUGUUUGACUAAGAUCUAACGCUGCAAGUCAUGUUGUUAUCCACAGCACUGAUGUGUUGUCUAUGCUGUAGCACAGUGAACAAUCUGUCUCCCAGGUACAGCAUCUUCCCUAAUGACUGCCUCCUUGAGCAGCCAUGGUGAAUUGUAGCUGUGGCAGAAGCUUGACAAUGCGUAGAAUAUGUAACACAGUGUCUGGAAUGAGGUUUGCUUCGAGUAGUAUCUGCAGCUGGUGUCAGAGUUACGAUUUUGUCUUGGUGGUGAUUUGUUCAUCAUAGAUUGCCUGUUUCAUUGGUUGUUCUGGGGUGCGUGACAAGUGAUGAAGCAAGGCAGAUUCUUGACAAUUCAUAUUUAUUUCAUUUGGAUGGUGCGAGGAUGACAUUGUUGAUAAUGUCUGCAUUCUGUGCUAGGUGGCAAAGUAACAUCACGAAUAGAAGGUUGUCAUGCAAAGUUUGCAAUGAAGUAAACACACGUUCUUCUGUUGCUAAUCACAGUGCUGAUUCUGGCCAGAAGAGUGGCAGAUUGGAUUGCAUACUGAGUCUGAACUGAAUUAUGACCUAGCCGUGGUUGUGCUGACGCUGUCUUGCAAAAUGGUGUAACUGAUGAAGUAUUGUGGAGCACUCAGUGUGGUUUUGUAAUUGCAUCUGGACCAUGCAUUUUAUUUUGCACUCUGCAUUCCAUCAUACGUGGCAGUCCUAUUUCCAAAUAGUGUUUGCAAUGUGGUUGGUGCAGGAGUAAUAUUACUGUUCAUGUUUAUUCCAACCAGUCCUGCUGCACUUGAUGGGGAAUCUUGUACAUAGGUCAGCAGUGAAUUGUUAGAUGGUGGCCAUUGUUGUUGUGUUGCAGAGCCUGCAUCAUUUUCAGAAGCAACACCUGUAAUCAUAUUGAGUUUGUAUUUGAGCACUGGUUGACAGUUAUGCAUUAUCAGUAAAAUCAAUGUAAUAUCAUUUACAUUAAUCCUUAAGGCAUUGUUUCAAGGGGGUGGGGCCCUAUCUGUAUCGUUCAUACUGGUCAGUGCAGUAAGUUAGCCUUGGUAGUGACAUCAUUUUCAGUUUGUUGGUCAAAGUUGCUAUUUUGUAAGCUUCUGAGACCUGUUACUGAUCGGUCCACCUGCCGAUUUCCUGAUGACUGUACCGAGAGGUGGUUAGGCUUUGGUAUUGCCACUCAAUCAGUUCAUUGUGAUUUGUUUACAGAUAGAAUUUAUUAUUUUAGAAAUAUUGACUGGUUUUUAGGUUCAGAUUUAGUGAUUAUAUUUUACUGAAGAAUCACAAGGACACAUUAGUGGAAGCUGAGACUCAUGGAAGUGGACAUGGUGCGCAUGUUACUCUUGAGGAGGAGGCAAGAGCGUCGAAGGUGGACACGGCAGCUCAAUGGAAUGCGGCGCCAUGCAAUAUGGCAACGUAACCUGAGGGACGAGAUGAAUCCAUUUGAAAUGCCCGAGAGCGACUUCAUGGCAAAAUACAAUCUGAGUCGGGAGAUGGUCUGUAAUUUGGUUGAGGAACUGCGGCCGUACAUGAAAGGCCAUCAAAGAACUACAGCCAUUCCUCUGCACUUGAAGGUUUUGACAACUCUUCACUUCUUGGGACAUGGGUCUGAUCAAAAGGGGGUAGGGGCUGACAAUGGAGCUGCCAUGAGUCAGCCAAGCGUUUCAAGGUGCAUUGACGAAGUUGUGAAGGCUCUUAAUGUGCCUGCAAUUCUGAGGGCUGGUGUCUCCUUUCCUGAGACACGAGAAGAUAGGUUUCGUAUUAUGCAAAGUAACUUCAGAUACUCAUCCAUUCAUGGUGUCAUUGGGUAUGUGGAUGGAGCUCAUGUAAUUAUUGCAGCUCCCGAUGUUCAUGAAGAGCAGUAUGUGAACAGACAUGGCACACAUUCCCUGAAUGUUCAAGUGGCAUGUGACUCGGACAUGAUGAUCAUAAAUAUCUUGGCACGAUACCCUGGGUCAUCGAGUGACUCCUUUGUGUGGGCCAGUUCUGCACUCAGAGGGAAAAUAGAAGAGUUGUAUAGAGGAGGAGAAGAAUGCUGGUUAUUAGGGGAUUCUGGAUACCCUAAUGAACCGUGGCUCCAUAUACCAGUAACUGAUUCUCUACCUAACAGCAGAGAAGCCAGUUUUAAUCAAGCCCACAUGAUAGCUAGAAGCAUUGUGAAGAAGACAAUAGGACACCUACGCAACAGAUUCAGGUGUUUAAAUAAACACAGAGUACUGGAGUACAACCCAGUGAAAGCAGGCUUCAUUACAAAUGCGUGUGCAGUUCUGCACAACAAAUGUGUGACUGCCCAUAUUCCUCUGCCUCAAUCUGAAGCAGAUCACAGUGACAGCAGCAGUGAUGAAGAUGAGCCACCACCAGUGGUGAAUCAAGGCCAUGCAAGAGACAGAUUGCUGCAGGAGGCCCGAGUUGUCAGAGCGGGAAUUAUUGCCAGAUUGCCCCCACUUCCACCUGGUGGACCCUACUACCCUUGUAGGGCCCGUUCACAUUACCAAAGAUAGUAUUUGUCUCAAAUUUUCAAAAAUAUGGAGUUUCUUUUAUUACAGUAGAAUCCCCAUGAAUUUCCUCCUGUGAUUAAUUUAAUUCAUGAUAGAAAUGUUUGUUUUAUAUCUGUGCUGCAGUCUGUGUGGAAUUCGCAUUCCACAUAAACCAUUUCAGCACAGUAACCAAUUUAUCUUUCAGUAAGCUUGUCCCCAGUUAAAGUAACAGACACUGUGAGGUAGCCAUCUUUUAUUUUUAUGUAAUGAAAGUGAUGUUAACUCUUUAGAUAAGAAUUUAUUUCCUCAAUCAAGACAAAUUAUCUUUUAAAAGCAAGUCAGCACGUUACAAUUUAGUCUGCAUUUUAGUGAAAGUAUUGUUUCAUUAGUACUGUAACAAAAGUCUGAGUCAAAUUUGUACAAACAUGAUUUAAUAAAUUUGUAUAAAAGCAUGAA